AUGAGGCCUGCAGGGAGCUCAUCAUCCCCCUCCUCAGGACUGCAGCCAUGGCGUUCUCCACUCCCGUAUCUCUUCGGAGGUGUGGCAGCAAUGAUGGGUCUCAUCGCCGUAGCACUCCUCGUGCUUGCUUGCACUCGCCACAAGUCGUCCGAGGAAGACUCCACGCCGCCAUGCACGGCCGAGAAGCCUGUGGUCGUCCCUCUGGAAAUGGAACCUCGCGUCGUGGUCGUCAUGGCCGGCGACGACGUCCCCACCUUCAUCGCCAAUCCCCUCCCUCCCGUUGCAUGCGAUGAGCAACGAGCAUAA